AUGCCUUCUAACAAGUCUUUCAAAACCAAACAAAAGCUGGCCAGGCAUCAGAAGCAGAAUAGACCUUUGCCUCAAUGGAUCAGACUUAGAACCAACAACAAGAUCAGAUACAAUGCCAAGAGAACACAUUGGAGAAGAACCAAGUUGCAUUUAUGA